AUGAGGGUGCGCCAGAGGAGGAAGAAGAAUGGUAAAGGCGACGAGGAAGGAGGAGGAGAUGCGAAGAAGAGAUGGCUGAGCAACGAGCGGGUGAAAUUCUUGGAGAUGAGCUUUGGGGAGGAGAAGAAGUUGGAGUUUGGGAGGAAGUUCCACCUAGCCGCUGAGCUUGGCCUCGUCUCGAAGCAGGUCGCCAUAUGGUUCCAGAACCGACAGGCGCAGCAUAAGAGCAAACAAGUGGAGGUGGCUUACCUCAAGCUCAAGGCGGUCCACGACGCCACCGUCAUCGAGACAUGCCACUUGGAGAACGAGACAUGA